AUGGGAAUUUUCUCCCUUAGUUCUUCCUCAACUCUACCCCAUAAAAUCACCAGAGUGAAUCAGAACAAUAACAACCACUUGUCCUUUACAAGAAGGACAAACAUUGUGCAUUGUCAAGGGGGUGGAAAUGUGAAAAAUUCUUCUGGCCUUUCUUCUAUAUUACAAGAAAGACCUACAUUUAUCAACACAGAACACAGUGCAACUACUAUCAUGGAUCCGGGAAGCUUCGUCUUGUCGCAAAAUGCGAAAAGCCACGGAGAGAUUGUAGUGAAGGAUUUGGUGAGUUAUGGUGGAUCAGCAUCCAAUGCAUUAAUAGGAGUGGAAGAUGGCAUAGGAAUUGUCAAGUUUCUCAGAGGGAAGAAGUUUUUUAUAACUGGUGCAACUGGCUUUCUAGCAAAAGUUCUUAUUGAGAAGAUUUUAAGGACAGAACCGGAUGUCAGCAAGAUGUACCUUUUGAUUAAGGCAGAGAAUAAGCAAGCUGCAAUAGAUAGAUUGAACAAUGAAAUCAUAAAUACAGAACUUUUCGGAUGCCUUCGGCAAAUCCAUGGAAAAACAUUCAAAACCUUUAUGAUGAGCAAGCUAGUUCCGGUUGUAGGAAAUAUUUGUGAAUCCAAUCUUGGACUAGAUGAGGAUUCUUCUGCUGUUAUUGCAGAUGAGGUGGAUGUAAUUGUGAAUUCAGCAGCUAAUACUACAUUUGAUGAAAGAUAUGACACUGCUAUCAACAUAAACACCAGAGGACCCUGCCACCUUAUGAGCAUUGCCAAAAAAUGCAAGAAGCUUAAGCUUUUUCUACAAGUUUCAACAGCUUAUGUUAAUGGACAAAGACAUGGUAGAAUAUUGGAAAAGCCUUUCAGCAUCGGAGAUUGCAUAGCAAGCGAAAACUUUUUGCCUAAAGGUUCAUCAAAAGUCCUUCCCACAUUGGAUAUCGAAAGCGAAAUCAAUCUGGUUUCAAGUUACAAGGGCAACUUUGAGGACAACAUCUUAGCUCAAAAGAUGAGGGAGUUGGGUCUAGAAAGGGCUAGAAGACAUGGAUGGCAGGAUACUUAUGUUUUCACCAAGGCCAUGGGAGAAAUGAUGAUAGACAAAGUGAGGGAGGAUGUUCCGGUUGUCAUAAUUCGACCAAGUGUUAUAGAAAGCACCUUCAAGGAGCCAUUUCCUGGUUGGAUGGAAGGAAACAGGAUGAUGGAUCCAAUAGUUCUUUGCUAUGGUAAAGGGCAGCUAACUGGUUUCUUGGUAGACCCGAAUGGAGUGCUCGACGUAGUGCCAGCAGACAUGGUAGUUAAUGCAAUGUUAGCAGCAAUGGCAAUGCAUGGAAUCAGCAAGAAGCCAGAGAUCAAUGUCUACCAAAUUGCUUCAUCUGUGGUGAACCCUUUAGUCUUCAGGGAAUUGGCAAGAUUGCUCUAUGAACAUUACAGCUCCUCACCAUGCAUUGACUCAAAUGGUAGGCCAAUCCAAGUUCCAAUGAUGAAGCUUUUUAGCUCCACUCAAGAAUUCUCUGAUCACAUUUGGAAAGAUGCUAUUCAGAAGAGUGGCCUUACUGAUAUAACACUCUCAAAAGAAGUGUCUCAAAAGCUUGAAAAUAUAUGCAGAAAAUCAGUGGAACAAGCAAAGUACUUGGCUAAUAUCUAUGAGCCAUAUACAUUUUAUGGUGGAAGGUUUGAUAACAGCAAUACUCAAACAUUGAUUGAGAGCAUGUCUGAAGAAGAAAAGAGGGACUUUGGAUUUGAUGCAAAGAGCAUAGAUUGGGGAAAUUACAUAACCAAUGUCCACAUACCAGGUCUAAGGAGACAUGUCAUGAAAGGAAGAGGGAUGGGUAGUUAGUGAGAUUGAAUCAUCAAUCAUGUGCCUUAUUUCAACAUUUGCAACUAACUGUAAUAAAAAUAUAUAAAUAGAAUAUAUAUAUAGUUUUAUUUUCCUUCUUUACUUGGUAGAAAAAUGGCUAGAACCACAUGAUGAGUAAGGUUUUCAAGUUUCAACAUCCCACUGUAAUUU